AUGGCGACGCCCGCGCCUGCGUCCGGCGUGUCGACGCCGCUCGAGCUCAACCCGGAAGAGACUGACAAGAGCCUUCGCGUGUCGCUCGCCGACCUCUGCGCCAAGGCCGCCGCGCACUAUGCCCACAAGCAAUAUGAUGAGGCCGCCGAGGUGUACGCCCAGGCCGCCGAGAUGCAGGCCGAGAUGAACGGCGAGAUGAACCCCGAGAACGCCGAGAUCCUGUUCCUCUACGGACGCGCCCUGUUCAAGGUUGGCCAGAGCAAGAGCGACGUGCUCGGCGGUAAGGCCCCAGAGGCGAAGAAGCAAGCCAAGCCGAAGCCGGCCAAGGUGGCCAAGCCCACCAACGGGAGCGCGCCCGCCACGGCCGAGAAGAAGGACGACGCGGUCGCGGUCACCGGCUCCUCGGCACCUGCGAGCGCCGAGGCGGAGCACAAGUUGGAUGAGGUCGUCGCUGAGAAUGUUGCUCAGGAGGCAGCGAAAAAGCAAGAGACAAGGGGGGCAUCGAUAGCCGAGCAGAAGAGGCCUCUCUUCCACUUCGAGGGCGACGAGAACCUUGUUGACUCCGAGGAAGAUGAGGAGACUGAGGAGGGCGAGGGUGAAGAAGAGGAGGAGGAGGAGGAAGACGAUCUUGCGGUAGCCUUCGAAGUUCUCGACCUGGCCCGCGUCCUGCUCAACAAGCGCCUCGAGUCCGCCCAAGCAGACGACGAAGCGCAGCAAGGCAAGGGCAAGGGCAAGGAGUCCGCCGAGGUCGGCGAAUCUGCCACGGUCAGGCACAUCAAGGAGCGCCUGGCCGACACGCACGAUCUCCUUGCGGAAAUCUCGCUCGAGAACGAGAGGUACGCAAGCGCCAUCACAGACUCGCGCGCGUCGCUCAAGUACAAAGAGGAGCUGUACCCCUUCGAGUCCGAGAUCAUCGCCGAAGCGCACUACAAGCUCUCCCUAGCACUCGAGUUCGCCUCGGUCACCAAGUCGCCCGAAGACGACGACGACGACGCCGACACCACCACCACCAACAACAACAACAACACAGUCGACCAGGCGCUGCGCGACGAGGCCGCGGCCGAGCUCGAGGCCGCCAUCAACAGCACCAAGGCCAAGCUGCAGGCCAAGGAGGUCGAGCUGGCGACGCUGCACAGCCCGGAGGACAACGAGGCCGCGCGCCGGCAGAUCGCCGACGGCAAGGAGGUGCUGGCCGACAUGGAGCAGCGCCUCGCCGACCUGCGCCAGCCCCCCGUCGACCUCAAGGCCGCGCUGGGCAUUCCUUCCGCCGCCGGCGGCCUCCAGCUGCUGCAGGCGGGCGAGGUGGUUUCCGCGUCCGUCUCGGAGGAGCUGAGGCAGAAGGCCACCGAUCUGACCGGUCUGGUGCGGAGGAAGCGCAAGGCGGAGGACGACGUCGAGGCGCGUGCCGGGAACGGCAGCGGCGGUGGCGGCGGUGGGCUGGAGGUGAAGAAGAAGCCGAGGGAGGCGGACGUGCAGACCGCCGCCUAA